GAGAAGAAAGAAAAAAAUGAUCAGUCUAUCGCCAUGUUUCACACAGAAGCAUCUGUCAAACGCUUAUUAUAGUUUUAUUCAGCGUUGUGUUCGUGUGAGUGGAUGCCCACGCGUGUUUUGUAGAGUGCAGAGAAUGAGUGGAUGUUAGGAACGCGGGACGGUGUUUUUACAAGUGUGUUUUUUUUUUUUUUAAAUACAAUAAAAGUGCCACGCAAUGCACCAUGGAGGUGGCCCACCAAAUGUGCAGCGAAAUCUUCAGAGAUCCAAGUCCUUUACUGGAUCUGAGGCAGAAGACCAACAGCAACAACAACAACCACAGCAGCCGCCAGCAAACGGCAAUCACCCCCAGUCACCGGUGACAUCUUUUGCUCCAGCUGCGAGCCCCUCUGCACCACAGUCUCCUAAUUAUCAAAUCAUCAUGAGCCGGAGUCCAGUCACAGGCCAAAACAUGAACAUUACUUUACAGAAUGUUGGACCAAUGGUUUCAGGGAACCAGCAGAUCACCCUCACCUCUCUGCCACUCCAGAGCCCAACCUCCCCUGGCUUUCAGCACCAGCCCCAGCAGUGGAGGUUCGAACCCGGGUCCUCAUCUUACAUCCAGGUGACAUCACCCUUGCCCCAGACCAUGCAACCCCAAAGUCCUACCCAGCACAGUCCAGUCCCCAUACAAGCUCUGCCCAGGCCGUGUGCUCCUGGUUCUGCUUUGGGAGUGUGUAGUCAGAGCCCAACACGGUUUGUUGAGGCCGGAAUAAUGGUUCGGCAAAUCAGCUUAGGCAGCCCACCUGGAAGUGGCCAUUUCGUGUACCAGGAAGGAACAGGAUUGGCUCAGCUGGCUUCAACCACAGCAGGAACUGUUCAGCUGACAUCUCCAGGGACUCAAGGGGCAGUCAGAGAAAGACGCCUCUCCCAGCCUCACUCUCAAACUGGGGGAACCAUCCACCAUUUGGGGCCACAGAGCCCUGUUGCAACCUUAGGCAGCCCUGGACACAUCACCACUUCUAAUCUGCCACCUCAGAUCAGUAGUAUCAUCCAAGGCCAGUUGGGACGACCAAUGAUUUUUGAGAAGACGGCACAAGGCGUGGUGGCUGGUGUGGCAGUCACUUCGGCUGCCUCUUUCGGGGUCCCUUCGGCCAUCCCUCCCUCCAGCCCAUCCAGGAGCAACCCUCCCCAGGGCCUUUCCAACCAGUCCCUGACCCCCACCAGCAUGAAGAAGAUGCAGCCAAAGAAACUAGAAGAGAUUGCACCUUCAAACCCAGAAGUGGCACAGUUGAGGAAGCAGUGCCUGGAGCAUCAUGGGAAAAAGAUGGAGAGUCUGAAGGAGGUGUUUAAGGAGUACCUGAUCGAGCUGUUUUUCCUGCAGCACCUGCAAGGGAAUAUGAUGGACUACCUUGCUUUCAAGAAAAAGCCUUGUGUGCCUCUGUUUACCUACCUGAGGCAAAAUGAUCUUGAACUCGAAGAUGAAGAGGAUGAGGAAGAGCAGUCGGAGGUGAUAAAUGAUGAGGUAAAAGUAGUGACUGGAAAGGAUGGGCAGACAGUAACACCUGUUGCUAUAGCUACACAACUCCCACCCAACGUGUUUGCAGCGUUCUCCGCUCCGCAACAGUUCCAGGCCCAUGCAGGGGUUGCAGGUGGUAGCAUCUCUAACCCUGUGGACAUGGAGGCUUUCAAACGACAGCAAGCCAUUACGCAAGCAGGAGGUAUGCCCCCCACCCCACAAACAGUCCAGGUCGGUGGGCAGAAACAAAACCAGCAGCAGUACGACCCAUCCAAAGGUCCCCCCGUCCAGAAUGCCGCCAGCCUCCACACUCCACCCCCACAGCUUCCUGGCCGCCUUCCCCAGGGAGGACUCCCCUUGGCAGGGCUGCCUCUGUCCCUGUCCCAGGGUCAGGCCUUGGUAGUGGAGCAGCACCAAGCCGUGCUGGCUCCAGUUAACCCACACGCACAGCUGCAGGCACAGCUUCAACAGAUGCAGUCAGGUCUCCACCUCCAGAUGCAGCAGCAACAACAGCAGCAGAUGCAGCAGUCAGUCAUGCAGCCUGGACAAGCAACUGUGGCACUUAUGCGUCCUGGAUCAGAUUCCUCCCAGCCUGCCCAGCGUUUGAUGUCCAACUCUCUUUCCACCCCUGUUAUGUCCCCCUCCCCUCUUACAUCCCCAUCCUCUCUCCCCACCUCACAUCCUUCUGCCCUGGUCCAUACACCAACUACUGGCCCCAACCUCUCCACUGCCAACCAGUCCAAACUUGCUGCCACAAAUGGCACCGCAGGGCUUAAAAUGUCUGGGCUGUGUCAGAGUCCCAUCGGGCAGAACUCACAGGAACGCACUCAGGAUAAGCAAGCAGAACAAGCCAAGCUGGAGAGCCAUGUGCACCAGCGCAUUGCAGAGCUCCGUAAAGAGGGCCAGUGGUCGGCCAGUCGUUUGCCCAAACUGCAGGAGGCCUGCAGGCCCAAGUCCCACUGGGACUACCUGCUGGAGGAGAUGCAGUGGAUGGCUGCUGACUUUGCCCAGGAGAGGCGCUGGAAGAUGGCUGCUGCCAAGAAGCUUGUGCGCACAUGUGUGCGUUACCAUGAUGAGCAGAAAAAGACAGAGGAGAGAGUGAAGAGGGAGGAGGAGAUGAGGUUGCGCCACAUCGCCAGCACCAUCGCUCGCAGUGUUGACUACUUCUGGUCCAAUAUUGAACAGGUUGUGGAAAUCAAACUGCGUUUCGAGAUCUAUGACAAACAACAAAAAGUUCUCAGCCUGAGGAAGGCUGCAUGCAAAAAGCAAUGUGCUAAACCGGCUCAGUCAUCAGGAGUGAAAUCAGAUAAAGAGAAUAAAGUGCAGGAGGCUGGCCCAUCCCGCAAGAGAAAGUCCAGCACCUCUCUAUCAGAUGUAGAGGUUGAAGAUGAGGAGAGUACAAUAGAGGAACAGGAGGCUAACGAGGUUGCAGCUGAGCAGAAAGCUGAGCUAGCCGAACUGACCAAAGAAGCUGAGGUGCCUUUGGGUGACCUGGUGAAGCAGUACGCUGGUGCUUAUGCUGAGAGUUUUGAUUGGCCGCAACCUUCCAGCCAGAGUGAGGAUGAAGACAAAAUGGAAGCUGAUGAUAUGGAUUCUCCAUGCAGUCCACAUGAAGCAGUGCUGAUUGACUCUUUGCUGAGUAUGGAUCAGUACCGUGGCGCUGAGCGGAAGACUUAUGGCACUGAUGGGAAGCCCAAAAAGGAUAUUGCCGAAGUUGCCGCAGCAACAGACCUGAUUCUGCCUAAAGGCAGCGCCAGGACUACUCUUUCUAGUCGUUCACCACCUCCUCCUCUGCUGCACGGCUCCCUGAGAGAGUACCAGCAGGUCGGGGUGGAGUGGCUGGUAAGUCUCCAUCGCAAAAACCUUAACGGCAUCCUAGCAGACGAAACUGGCCUUGGCAAAACUGUACAGACUGUGGCUUUCUUUGCUCACCUGGCCUGCAACCAGGGUAUUUGGGGGCCACACCUGGUGGUGGUGAGGACCUGUAAGCUGCUGAACUGGGAGAUGGAGUUCAAACGCUGGUGUCCUGGACUGAAGAUACUCCUGUACCUUGGCAACAGAAGGCAGCGCAGAUUUAAGAGAUCGAGGUGGUGUGAGCCCAACAGCCUCCACGUGUGUGUAACAUCAUACAAGCUCCUGCUGAAAGAUCAAGCUUACUUCCUGAGGAGACGCUGGAGGCACCUGGUUUUGGAUGAGGUUCAGCUCAUCAAGAACCUGACUGAGAAACACUGGGAGACCAUCUUCAACAUCAAGAAUCAUCAAAGGAUUCUCUUAAUCAACAUGCCUCUGCAAAACACUCUGAAAGAGCUAUGGACCAUGAUCCACUUCCUCCUGCCUGGAAUCACUCACCCAUACCUCAACUUCCCUGUCAAACCUGGCACCGAUCAGAACCAGGACUACUGCCACAAACUGGUCAUCCGACUGCACAGGAUGAUUCAGCCCUUCAUUCUGCGCCGUUCCAAGAGGGACGUAGAGAAGCAACUGCCUAAGAAGUACGAACACAUUCUGAAGUGCCGUCUGUCCAAGAGACAGAAAAGCAUGUAUGAGGACAUCCUCAUCCAACCCAGUGCACAGGAGGCCCUAAAGACAGGACAUUUUGUGAGGGUCCUGGAGGUUCUUAUGCAGCUACAGAGGAUCUGCAACCAUCCAGACCUGAUCCAGGCCAGAGAAACACACAACUCUUAUGUAUGUCAGCCACUGCAGUAUGACACUCCAUCCUUAGUGCUCACCGCCCUGCAGCAAGACCAGUGGAAGACUGUAAAUAUGUCUCUGUUUGACCUGAUUGGUAACGAGGGUAAACGGACUCGUCAUGAGGCAGAGGAAGUUCUACCCAAACUUAGGAUGACCAAGCAGCUCAUUGAGGAGAUCUACAGUGCAUCCGACCCUCCACCCAGACCCAAACCCUGCAAGAUCAACCCUAUGAGGUUGUUCCUGCCAGUGCAGUAUGGAACGAAACCAGAGGGGCGCCUGGUUCCUAUGACCAGCAGCACCACUCAAUCUUCACAUGCCACUGCUGUUACUACUGCCCCCACCACCACUACCACCCCUACUACUGUUGCAAACACGCAGACGAGGGGUAAAUCACCCCUUACCACUUCCACACAGGCCACAUCCACCAGCAGCUCAUCUGGACCACUCCUAACAGGAGCCACCCCUAACCCCACUUCUACCCCUCUGGCUUUGGGUGUGGCAGGGGUCACCACAAUACCCCCUAUGCCUGCUGUGGUCCCUCAGGCCCCUGCCGCCCUCUCCCUCCAGCACAGCUUGGUACCCCAGAGGCUGGUACUCAGCUCCCAGGCCCAGGCACGAUUGCCUAGUGGAGAUGUAGUGAAAGUUGCCCAGUUGGUUGGGCAGGGCCGCAUCGCCCAGCCCAAAACCCCAGUCACCCUGCAGUACCAGGGUAACAAGAUCACUCUGUCCCCAAGCCAACUCCGCCAGCUCACCACUGGCCAGCCCCUGCAGCUCCAAGGUACAUUCGGCAACAUUCUGCAGAUUGUAUCUGCCCCUGGACAGCCUCUUCUCAGGCCACAGGGACCACCAAUGGUGAUGCCCACAGUGCCUCAGACUGUGCCUGUACAAAACUCCACGGGAGCUCCUCCCCAUGCCACCUCGACACCACUGCAAGCAACCACUGUGGGAAGUACCACAGUCACAACUCCAGCUACCACAGACGCUGAUCCAAACGCCAAAGCCUCGACCAACACCACAUCACAACAGUCAAAUGAGGAGAGAAACAGGCAGCUAAAGGAGCGCCUGGCUUGUUUGUUUCAUGCGAAUGAGCGACGGUCCUCGCGCUCUGUGCUCUAUGGCUCUGACCUGGUGAAAGCCUGCUCCGUUUACGAGGGACGACCUCCGCCAUCCUUCCCGGCUCCCUGGCACUCCCGCUGGACUUGGGUUGGUAGAGACAGCUGCCUGAGGGCUCAGCAGACUUGUGUGUCCACAGUGGCUCCACUCCGCUCAGCAAUUCUCUCCAGCACAGAGCAGGAGGAAGCAACAGGAACCCUGAGGAAGAGGUUCUCCUGUGUACUUCCUGCUGCUGUGGCCCCUCCCCCUCAGCUGUAUGCAGCCAAUCCUCCACCAUCAUACAGCCUAGCACAAAAGGCUUUGAGGCGACAGCUGCAGGAAGUGUCUGCUCCCCACAAUGCAGAGAUCUGGGGCUUGGCCUGUCCUGCAGUAGUCAGCUCACCUGAUGUACACAUACUGGAGAUGGAUUCAGGGAAACUGGAGGCACUCUCCAUCCUGCUGCAGAAGCUGAGAGCCGAGAAUAGGCGUGUGCUGAUCUUCACUCAGAUGACCAGCAUGCUGGACUUACUGGAGGCCUUCUUAGACCACCAUCACCUCACCUACGUACGGCUGGAUGAAAGCCUGUCACUGGAGGAGAGACAAGAGCAGGUCAAGAGGUUUAACCGUAACAGACAGGUCUUCUGCACCAUCCUGACCAAUCGCUGCUGCUCAGCUGUGGGUCAUGUGUUCGACGCAGACACCAUUGUGUUCUACGACACAGAUUUGAACCCCAGCAUGGACAUGCGCACACAGGAGUGGUGUGAGAAGAUUGGCCGCUCCAAAGACAUCCACUUAUACAGGUUGGAGAGCGGGAACUCCAUUGAGGAGAAGCUCUUGAAGAACGGCACUAAGGACCUUAUACGAGAAGUGGCUGCUCAGGGCAUGGAUUAUACUCUGGCCUUUUUAACCCAGCGCACCAUUCAGGAUCUGUUUGAGGUGGAGGCCGGCUCUGGAGAGAAAGUGGAAGAGUUUGUAGUUCUCCAUCAGGAGCCCUUCCCAUCUGAGUCCAUUCCCCCUCAUGUGGCCAGACCCUACAUCCAAGCCCUCAACAGCAUCCGACUAGAGACCAAGCAGGAGGAGGAGGAGACGGAUGUAGAGAGAGAGGAUAAAGGAAGUGAAGAGGUGGAGGGAGGAGAUGAUGAGAUGGCGGUAGAGGAAGGAGUGAGAGGGGAUGCAUCCCAGUUAGAGGAGCUGGCAGCAGUUAUGGAGCAGCUGACUCCUAUUGAGAGAUAUGCUCUACACUAUCUGGAGUACCUACACAUCAGUGAGGAUGAACAGGCAGUGAAGGAACGUAUAGAGGCAGCUAAGAGAGGCUGGGAGCUGCAGCAGAUGCAGAGACUGAAGGUGGAGAAAGACGAGCAGAUGAUGCUGGAAGAUGAGGAGGAUUUGUUCACUUACACCAGGGAGGAUGCGUACAACAUGGAGUAUGUAUUUGAGAAUGAGGAUGGUCAAACAGAGAUUAUGCCACUGUGGACUCCUCUAACCCCUCCCCAGGAUGACAACGAUAUUUACAUUGACUCUGUCAUCUGCCUCAUGUAUGACUCGGCGCCAAUGCCAGAGUCUAAACUGCCUCCCGUCUAUGUCCGCAAAGAGCGUAAGAGACACAUGGACCCAUCAGCUGUGGGGCGUAAGAAAAAGAAGGGGCAAGGUGAAGCAGUGAUUCCUCCACGUUCUCUCUUUGAUAAGGCCAGUCUGCUCAAGGUGAGACGAGAGGGUAAAGACCAAAAGAAGAACUUCUCUCUGAAACAACAGGCUCCCUUUGCCAAACCACUGCCCUCACUGCUCAAACCAGCCAUGGAUGCUGGACAGGACAACCCUGAGUGGCUCAUCAGUGAAGACUGGGCCUUGCUUCAGGCUGUGAAGCAGUUACUGGAGCUUCCUCUGAACCUGACCAUCGUGUCUCCGGCCCACACCCCUAACUGGGACUUGGUGAGUGACGUGGUGAACUCCUGCAGUAGGAUCUACCGCUCGCCCAAACAGUGCCGCAACCGCUAUGAGAACGUCAUCAUCCCUAGAGAAGAGGGCAAGCUAAUAUAUGAAGCUAACCCUAAAAAGAACAAGACCAAGAGCAUUUAUAAGUCCAAAAACAGUCGACCUCUGCGCACAUCUCAGAUCUAUUCACAAGACGACAAUACCACCCAGAUCCAACUGUACAACAGCCGCUUUGAGCUGAUUAAAAUCAUCGCUAGCAAGAGGAGCCCACCUAUAAAACCACUACUGGGCAUGAAUCCAUUCCAGAAGAACCCCAAGCAUGCAUCUGUGCUGGCUGAGAGUGGAAUAAGCUACGACAAGCCUCUGCCUCCUAUUCAGGUUGCCUCACAGAGAGCUGAGAGAAUCGCUAAAGAGAAGAAGGCACUAGCCGAACAGCAGAGGGCUCAGCAGUUAGCCCAGCAGCAGUCCGCAGGAGCCGCCCAGCCUCAGGGGGCAGCGACCCAACCUCAAGUCCAGCCGCAGGCCACUGGAGUCCCCCAGCCCAACCAACCUGGAGCAGCUGCAGUCCCCAACACAGCUGUACUGGCUGGAGCUAUCAAAACCGCUGCAGUGGGAACAAGCAUCCAGCCAGCAACAGCUACAGUUAGCGGGAAUGUGAUCGUGAACACUGUGGCUGGAGUUACACCCGGUCAGUUCCAGGCAAACAAACGUCUGGCCUCUCCAGUCAUUCCUGCGGCAGGAACGGCCACAGCUCAAGUGGUUCACACCCAGCAGAGAGCAGUACCUGCCACAGGUGCACCAGCAGAGGUUGUUGCCAUAGCGACUGGUCAGGGCGUCAGAGCCGUUACUCCAGUGACUGCAUCGGCCGUGGUGUCCACCAAUCUGACUCCGGGUCAGUCCCAAACACGCACGCUGGUGGCUCCAGCUGCAGGUAUGCAGCUGCCUCAGUGUAAGCAAAUCACACAAGCCCAAGUCCAACUGUUCAGACAGCAACCGAUGCAGCAGCAGCAACAACAGGCUGCUUCUCCGCAGAUCAAAGCAGUAGGAAAGCCACAGCAGGAGUUGUUGAAGAAACAGAAGCUGCAGAUGGCACAGCAGCAGGUUGUGGCAGCAGUAGCUGCAGCUCAGGGCCAGCAGGCUGCAACCACCCAGCAGCCGCAGCAGGUGCAGGCCGCUCCUGCGACUCAGGCCAACGCUCAGCUAGCUGCUGUUGCUGCACCCAGAGCAGGAGCUGUACUCACUGGAGCUACUGUCACCAACUUACAGGUGGCCAGACUGACACGUGUCCCAGCCCCGGGAACCAUCCAAGCUCAGCCAGGUCAAACCGCCCAGGUGACUCUGACCAAACCCCCUCCUGUAGUUUCAGUCCCUGCCGUGGUCUCCUCCGCUGGGGUCACAACCCUACCUGUCACUGUGGCCGGCAUCAGUGUUGCAAUUGGACAGGCGCAGAAAGCAGGUGGUCAGGUGGUGACCCACCCUUUCCAGGUGCAGCAGGUUCAGCAGCUGUUGCACAGACACAAGCAGCAGGCGGCUGCACAGGCAGCUGCAGUCCAGAAGGCAGCACAGUCUCCGCAAACACAAGCUGCUCUGCAGCAAAAGCAGGCCGCUCAGACCACAGCUCAACAGCAGCAAAAAGUGACGUAUGCGGCCACCACUCAGCUGCAGCCAGGCAUCAAGACACAGUUCUUCACCACCUCCAUCGCACAGCCUCAGAAACCUGCAACGGCACAGCAGAUUCAGGUUGCUAAGCUUCCUCAAAUAGUACAGCAGCAGAUAGUGUCCUCUCCUCAGCAGAUCCAGACACAGCCUCAGACGGUGGCCCUGACCCAGGCAGCACCUGUGGCAGGUUCGGCUCAGGUGCAGGUUAUUCCCGCGGGCACUGCUACGGCCGCCCAGGUGGUCCAACAGAAACUCCUCCAGCAGCAGGUCGUCACAACAGCAGCAGCCGCCUCCCCACAAAUCCAGACUCCGCCCCCACACAGCCCCGCCCAGCAGCAGAGCUCUGCGGCUCCUCCUGCUGAGUCUCCAGUGCAGCUGGCCUCCACCCCUCAGCCCCAGCAGGGCAAAGGAAACACCCGCACUGGGGGUGCCAUGCGCUCUAAAACUCCCGCCAAGCCCAGCAGUGGCAGCUAGAGAGGCUUUAGGAGGCAGAAGUACCUGGGCACAAAAUAGGGCUAGAUAUUCUUUGUUUUGGGAAGACUGAUGGUGACCCUUUAUUAUAGAGGAACACACCUAAAACUUUCUGGAUGGAGGGAAAGCGUCUUUUUUACUUUUUCUCGAGAGAAAGUGUAUACUGUUGAGUCUAUAUGAGUGUUUUCUGUCCAGGUGCCAAGCAUGACAAGAGUGCAGACUGAGGCUUUGGUAGAGACAGUGUCAAUAUGAUGGCUUAUUUUGUAAUUACCUCUGUACUGAGCUGUAUACUGCUUGCUGUUCUUUUUCUACCAUGCAGUGUACUUUGUUUAUACAGUUGUCAAAGUGUCAUCACACUCUUUAAGGUCAUGGAUGAAGUGCAUAUGGAUUGUAACACCCAUCGACUUUCAGCAACACUUAAUUUGGUGUGCCGGGAACUUUUGAUGUUUCUGGCAGAUCAUCUCAACGUUAUUCAUAAUGCUCAGUCAGUCAUACUAUAUGUGUGUCCCCUACUGUGCUUUCACGUUUUUUUAAAUAGGCGUUGUAUUAUUUUCCCUUUGUUAUUUGUGUAGGUAAAUGUUCCUUUUGAAGCAUUUAUUGAUGAUCAUGGUAAAGGAUAGCUGAAGCUUGAAGAUGUCCUUCAUGGAUGUGGAGAUGGAAAACUACAGUUAGUUUGAUUAGAACUACUGAAAGACAAUUUCAUCACAGUUUGCAUCACUUAUCACAAAUGCACCCAGACUACAAAAUGUAUCUCCCUAUAUAAGAUUUGAAUAAAUACAUUAGCUUGUAUCAUGUGCAGAGAAAAUGGUCAACAUCCCUCCAAAAAAGAAAAUAUGGUUUGUGAUUGCCACCAUGCAUUUUUAAGUUAAAAAAUUAAUAAUUUGAGGAGUUUGACUGCAUAAUACAUGGAAAUUGUCUUGUGAUUUUGUAGUUGUACAUUAAAUGUUUGUUCUAUGUGGUACAACACUUUAUAAUGUUAUUUAAUGUGACCACAAAUUGAUAGAAAAAUAAUCCUACACUGUAGCCAUUUCAUGCCAGCUAUGGAACGUAUCAGUCUCCCAAAUUCAGUUUGGAAGAAACAUGUCGUUUUUGAAAACACAUCCUUUCUUUCCUUCUAUAUAUGCAUAGUUAUGAACAAUAUGACCAUUAUUCAACUGAGUGAGACCUUGGUGUGUUUACAUUGGCCUGGAAUCGUUAAUGAAUUGAUUUAGAUCAAGACUCUUUUAUCCCCCAUAAAAUUUUGUCAGUGUAUCAGAUACACUGUCUUAUGUACUGAAAUAAUUAUAAUGUCAGGGCUUUUGUUUAUAAAUGUCUUUUUGUAUUGAUGUUAAUGGGUCAGGAACACAUGUAAAUAAUUUGGGAGGGGGUGGGUGGGGGGACAACAGCAUUUGUAUUUGUAAAGUAGUUGUGUAUUCACUGAAUUUUUUUCAGCCUAAUUGUAUAAAGUGUUAUGUUUUUACACAUGCGUGGCUUAUGUGGUUUCUUUACAAAGUUGGAUGUGUGUGGCUGAAUGUUUAAGUUACCCAGAUUUAGUAAUGGUUUUUUUACAGAGGGUCUCGAAUUACAUUAAGUCAGCUGUUCUGCUUGGAAUCAGUAGAUAUGCAUUUCUGUAUGUCUGUGUACAGAUUUGCUGUGAGCAGUAUAUGUGUGUCAGCACACUGGCCAAUGCAUCUUGUUUACUCAAUACAAAAAUACACAUUUUAUUUUUCAUCUUUAGUAACCUGCAGUAUACUACUUGCAUGGACAAUGUGUUUUGCACAUUCACAAUAGAACAAUGUUGGGCUCUUAUUUAAUGUUAUUAUUCUUAGCUUUUAGAAAGCUCCUCUUGUGGCUUAUUGAAGGAAUGUGUGGCCCUGUCAGGUCAAGUUUCCACAGUCCUUCAUUUGACCAUUUUUUCCAGUUUCUUUGGUAAGCCAAAAAUUUGACAUUUGUGUGAUCAGUAAGCCAUGACAAAUAAGUGAUAACUAAGCAUAGCAACAUUAUUACUAUUGCUUACUUGAGGUUAGGGAUUUGGACAAGCCCUUAACUCAGUAUUAAACUUCAGCGUGUAGCAAAUCCUGCUGUGUUAUUGCAUUGA